AUUUGGUAGGUCAUUUGUCCCGUCAAAUUGACAGUUACGUGUCAAGAUGUUGAACUUUGAAAUCUGAUUAAUUUGUUCACUUAUUGUUACGUUUAUUUUAUACAAUUUAAUUUAUUUCUAAUUAAGCAUACUCAAGUAUAAGACUAACUCCGAAAAAAUGAUAAACACUGGUAAAUUACAGGGGCUUACAGUCUUCAUAACGGGGGCUAGUCGGGGCAUUGGCAAAGCCAUAGCCCUCAAGGUGGCCAAAGAUGGGGCUAACGUAGUCGUGGCUGCCAAAACGGCCGAACCACACCCCAAACUCCCAGGAACCAUCUAUACAGCAUGCAAGGAAAUCGAGGAGGCCGGGGGUCAAGGCCUGCCUUGUAUCGUGGACGUCCGCGACGAGAAACAGGUCCGUAAUGCCGUCGAAGAGGCCGUGAAGAAAUUCGGUGGAAUUGACAUUCUUGUAAAUAAUGCUUCGGCGAUUUCCCUCACUCCGACACCGGAAACGGAUAUGAAACGCUACGAUUUGAUGCAUAAUAUUAACACACGGGGGACUUUCCUAGUUUCGAAAGAAUGUCUCCCCUAUUUGAAGAAAAGCAAACAUGCACAUAUUUUAAAUUUGUCGCCCCCUCUCAGCAUGAAACCUCAUUGGUUCCAAAAUCACGUGGCCUACACCAUGGCCAAAUACGGCAUGUCAAUGUGUGUUUUAGGCAUGCAUGAGGAGUUUAGACCGUUUCAUAUUGGGGUUAAUGCCUUGUGGCCCAGGACCGGGAUUCACACUGCGGCGAUUGAAAUGUUAACAGGGGCGGACUCGGCCAAGUAUAACCGGAAACCGGAAAUUGUGGCCGACGCCGCCUAUGCUGUACUAAUCUCCGAUCCGAAAACCACUACAGGAAACUUCUUUAUCGACGAUGAAGUCCUCAAGAAACACGGUGUUACCGAUUUCGACCAAUAUUGUGUCGAUCCCACUUUCAAGGACAAACUCAUGUCCGACUUUUUCGUCGAUGAUGAUGCCCUCAAGCCCCCUAGUGACGGUCGCCCCUCUUUGGCUACCCCCAAAAUACAGGGUGAUGGCAAAAUCGUUAAAAUCUUCCAAGGGAUUGAAGCAAACUUAUCACCGGACACGGUCAAGGGCACUCAGGCUGUCUUCCAGUUUGAGGUCACUGGAGAAGAAGCCGGGAAAUGGUUUGUCGACCUGAAAAACGGUGCCGGGUCGUGUGGACGCGGUGACGCACCUACAGCCCCCGACGCCACCCUCAUUAUGGACAGUAAAAAUUUCUUUGAUAUGUUUAGUGGGAAAAUCAAGCCGGCUACGGCUUUCAUGAUGGGAAAAUUGAAAGUCAGGGGAAACAUGCAGAAGGCGUUGAAAUUGGAAAAACUAAUGAGCUCACUCAAGGCCAAAUUGUAAAAAACGUCUUGUAAUUGUUAUUUUUACACGGAAUGAAUAAAAAUCUAUUUUAUAUUCAA